AUGGCUCAGUCGCCGAUGCUCUCGUGUCCCUUGAAGCAGACCAACGAGAUUGAUUGGAUCCAACCUCUCAAGGAUUACAUUCGACAGGGCCAUGGCGAAGACCCCGAGGGAUAUAGCCAAGAAUGCGCGACUCUCAACCGGCUUCGCCAGGACAUGAGGGGCGUAGGGAAAGACAGCGCUAUCGGUCGUGAUCUGUUGUAUCGAUACUACGGUCAGCUGGAGCUGCUGGACCUCAGGUUCCCCGUCGAUGAAAACCACGUCAAGAUCUCGUUCACAUGGUACGAUGCUUUCACUCAUACGUCUACCUCUCAAUUCUCCCUGGCCUUCGAAAAGGCCUCCAUUAUCUUUAACAUCUCCGCCAUCCUAUCUUGCCAUGCUGCCAACCAAAGCCGGGCCGAUGAUACCGGCCUCAAAACCGCCUAUCACUCUUUCCAGGCAUCCGCCGGAAUGUUUACAUAUAUUAAUCAGAACUUCUUACAUCCGCCAUCAACCGACCUGAAGGGGGACACCAUCAUGACACUGAUACAUGUCACACUAGCUCAAGCCCAAGAGGUGUUUUUUGAGAAACAAGUGGCAGAUCAGAGGAAGCCUGGGCUCUUGGCCAAGCUAGCUGGACAGGCAGCGUACCUAUACUCGCAGGCUGCCGAGAUAAUGCAAAAUUUCGUCGACAAGAAUGUGUUUGACAAGGUCUGGACGAUUGUUGUGCAGGCCAAGGCAGCACAUAUGGGAUCAGUAGCGUCAUAUUAUCAGGCGGUUGCGGACAGUGAGAGCGGAUCUCAUGGAAUUGCUAUUGCUCGUUUACAGAUGGCUGAUAAGCAGUCCGCCACUGCUCUAAGCUGGGCAAAGACAUUCCCCUCGUCGCCUCCAGCGAACACCAACCUGACGGCAGAGUCGGGCCCCAACCUCUUGGACCUCAUCAAGCAUAAUCAAACAAAUGUGCAAGCUUUACUUGCCACUAUGGUCAAAGACAAUGAUUUCAUCUACCACCAACCAGUCCCUAAUGAGGCUGGUCUUUCGCCAGUUGCCAGGGUUACUGCUGCCAAGGCGAUUCCGGUUAGCGAAUUAUACCAAGGACAAGAUAUUAAUCAAAUCAUUGGGCCAGACAUAUUCAAAAAACUGAGGCCUAUGUGGGUCACUGAGGCCGCCAGUUGUUACGAGGAAGAAAAGGCCGAGUUGCGUCGAGUUGAGACUGGAAAGGCCGAGAGUGUCAAUCGUGACAUAGCCGGUAAAUUGGGCUCACUCGAACUGCCAGACACUCUCGAUAGCUUGAAGGGAGGCAUGAACCAGAAGAUGUCAGUGGACGAGGACUUCCGUCGCUGGUGUUCAGAACUUGCUGGCCACAAUCCUUUCCGCAAGGCAUUCGACGAGUUGCAGGAUCGCAAGGCAGAAGUGCUAUCCCAAUUAGACCAGUGCUCAAAGCAGCUAGAUCUGGAAGAAAGUGUGUGUGAGAAGAUGCGCUCAAAGUAUGGAGCAGACUGGAGCCAGCAGCCCAGCUCUCGACUCAAUACCACGCUUCGAGGGGAUGUCCGAUCGUAUCGAGAUACUAUCAAUGAGGCCAGCGCGAGUGAUUCUCAGUUGUCUUCCACACUUCGCCAGUAUGAAAGCGAUUUUGAUGAGAUGCGGUCUGCUGGCGAAACAGAUGAGGCCGAUGUUCUUUUCCAGCGAGCCUUGAUCAAAGCUCGUUCAAAGCAUAGCAAGAGCAAGGACGGUGUCACCAGUCCGGCGGAAGGUACUCUGCUAGAUGAUGUGUAUGAUGAGGGUGGCGCCUCUGUUGCAGACCAGAUUGCCAAGAUGGAGGGGCUGUUAAAGAAACUGCACCUCGUGGAGCGAGAGAAGUCCCAACUGCUCGCAGAUCUCAAAGUGGAGACCCACAAAGACGACAUCACAGAUCGCUUGAUUCUAAACAAAAAGUCUUAUGUCGGCCGGGAAAAGGAAUUCUUUAAGGAUGAAUUGGUGAAAUUCCUGCCAUAUCAGAACAUACUUGUGCAGGCGAAUCACAAACAAUCAUCUUUGAUGAACGAACUCACCAAGAUACACGAUAACCUUCGUCAAGACAAAAGAGUUCAAUCCGAGAAGUUGAAAUACGAGUCUAUAAAAAGACAACGCAAUUCUGUGAUAGCUCGGUACAAGAAGGUAUAUGAAGCAUUCCAUGGCCUCUCGUCGGGUAUCAAGCAAGCACGAACUUUCUACAAGGACAUGGGUGAAAACGUCGACAGUCUCCGGAAAAAUGUCGAAACCUUCAUCAACAACCGCCGAUCAGAAGGUGCGCAGCUUCUUAGCCAGAUAGAGCGCGACAAGGCCAUGGGUGAAAAUGUCGACAGUCUCCGCAGGAAUGCCGAAUCCUCUAUCAACAACCGCGAUAGGUCCAGCGGUGCCUCAGAGCAAGAAGAUCGCGAGCGAGAGAAGCUGCGCCAGCUGAUGGAGCGCCUAUCAACGGAACCCAAGAACUCGUCAUCUUUACCCUCCACAGGGUCAGCAAAACCGCCCUCAAAAGUCAAGUCACCACCCCCGCCCGUUCAGACGCCGGCGUAUGGAACCACCGGUCCAUCCCCAAAACCGUCACCCCGCUACCCGCCCACCAUGCCAGGCGUGCCCCUCUCACACUCUCCAGCGCCCUACGGGCAGUACAUGGGAGGUGGUCCAGGAACUUACCAAGCCCAGCAUUUCCAGCAAGGCGCCGCAGCUCCCCUAUCCGAGGGCUACAACCCCAUGGCAUAUCCUUACCAGACCCCCGUGUCCCCGCCCCCGAACCAGCAAUUCUUCUCUCAAGCCCCGGCCCCGUACGGCGGCUACUCAAAUUCCGGCACGCCAGCUCCUGGCGCUGGCCCUCAGUCCUCACACUAUAUGGCUCCCCAGGGCUACAUCCCGCCUCCACCUCCGCCGCGCCCCCAGCAGACAACCUACCCUCCUACAGCAGGUGGUAUAUACCCCUCUGGUCCUGGUGGCUAUGCGCAGAGCAGACAGUACGGGCACCACAAGACCCCCUCGCAGUCGCAGCCACAGUCACAGUCCGGUUCCUCCGCCGAUCCAUGGGCUGGUCUCAACGCCUGGAAAUAA